GCUACUUGCCUGGACAAGCUACACAUUCGCAGGAGCAUCAUGUCUUGCAAAUCUCGGAUCUCCUCCUCCCGGGCUGGAGGCAGCAGCUCGGGCGGGGUGUCGGCCGGGGGCAGCAGCUUCAGCAGUGGAAGCAGAUGUGGUCUGGGGGGCAUCCGAGGAGCGGCUGGCAGCUGUGGCCUGAGUGGGGGAACGAGUGGUGGCUUUGGAGGGAGUUUUGGAGGGGGUUUUGGUAGCUGCUCAAUAAGGAGUGGCUUUGGAGGAUCUUCAGGCUCUGGGGGUGGCUUUGGUGGGUGUUCUGGCUCUGGCUGGGGUUCUGGAUUCGGUGGGGGUUCUGGAUUCGGUGGGGGUUCUGGAUUCGGUGGUGGUGCUAGCGGAGGCUUCUGCAACUAUGGUGGUGGUGUGGGCGGUGGUAUUGGCGAUGGGGGACUUCUCUCUGGAGGUGAAAAGCAAACCAUGCAGAACCUCAAUGACCGCCUGGCCAGUUACCUAGACAAGGUCAGAGCCCUGGAGGAGGCCAACACUGACCUGGAGAACAAAAUCAAGGAGUGGUAUGAUAAAUAUGGGCCUGGGUUUGGAGAUGGUGGAUCUGGGAGAGAUUACAGCAAAUACUAUCCAAUCAUCGAAGAGCUCAGGAAUCAGAUCAUUACUGCCACUAUUGAAAACGCCGGGAUCAUGUUGCAGGUUGACAACGCCAGGUUGGCUGCUGAGGACUUCAGAAUGAAGUACGAGAAUGAGCUGCACCUCCGGCAGACGGUGGAGGCCGACAUCAGUGGCCUUCGGAAAGUCCUGGACGACCUGACCAUGACUCGCUCAGACCUGGAGCUGCAGAUGGAGAGCCUCGCCGAGGAGCUGGCCUACCUGAAAAAGAACCACGAGGAGGAAAUGAAGAAUAUACAAGGAAGCUCUGGAGGGGGCGUGACAGUAGAAAUGAAUGCCGCACCAGGAACCGACCUGACCAAGUUACUGAAUGACAUGAGGGCGCAGUAUGAGGAGCUGGCUGAGCAAAACCGACGCGAGGCUGAGGAGCAGUUCAACAAGCAGAGUGCAUCACUGCAGGCACAGAUCUCCACUGAGGCUGAGGCAGCCAGUUCCGCCAAGACUGAGAUCACAGAACUGAAACGGACCCUGCAGGCCCUGGAAAUUGAGCUUCAGUCCCAACUGGCCAUGAAAAACUCCCUGGAAGGGACCCUGGCUGACACGAAGGCCAAUUACAUGGCCCAGCUGUCAGAAAUUCAGAUGCAGAUUGGCAGCCUGGAGGAGCAGAUCUGUCAGAUCCGGGGCGAGACCGAAUGCCAGAACGCAGAAUACGAGCAACUGCUGGACAUCAAGACCCGCCUGGAGAUGGAGAUCGAGACCUACCGCCGCCUGCUCGAUGGAGAGGGAGGUGGUUCUGGUUUUGGAGGAUCUGAUUUUAGAAACUCAGGAUCCAAAAACAUGGGGUCCAGAAACACAGGAUCCAGGGAUUCCAUAUCUGGUGACUCGAGAUCUGGAAGCCAUUCUAGCCAAGGAAGAGAUCCAAGCAAGACUAGAGUGACUAAGACCAUCAUAGAGGAGGUGGUGGACGGCAAAGUCAUCUCAUCUCACAUCAGCAAUGUUUCUGAGGUCAAAGUCAAGUAGAAAUUUCCAGAUCGUCAAGAGUGUCUCUUAGAGAAAAAAAAAUCUAAAGGACACGCAUGAAGACAUCACAUCAAUCUAGCCAUCUUUCUGGAUAACUUCGGGAAAAUGGUUCUGCCCAGAAAGAGAUGACUAACCACGUUUCCUGCAGCCUCUUCUUUUCUUAUUAGAAUGCUUUCAAAAAAAGUGAAAUCACAACUCUGCUCUAAUUGUUUCUAGGCUUCAAAUAAACUUACUUUUGCAAAUUAA